AUGGUGUCGGAGGAGCUAUUUGAGCUCUGCCAAUCUAUCUUCCAAAACAAGGGCCUUGAUGAGGAGGAGCAGACAGAACAGAUCGAAGAGUUGCUGCGCCAAAAUACUACAUUAUCCGGCCCAUCGUUAGAAAAUGCAGUCCUGGAUGUCUUAUGGCGCCAGCGCAACGAGGCCAGGCCAGAUGCAUCGCCUCCUCCGAGUAGGCAUACAGUCAUCCGCCGUUCAUCGCCCGCGCCCUGGCAGGUUGCACGAUCAUCGACUCCGAUAUCUUCGCCAUCGAUGACAGGCACUAGCCCAGCUGCACCCUCGAGCUUUCACCUCGCCAGAGUUGGGCUCUCGCGAGGGCCGCGCUCAUCGACUGUGUCCCCUUUCACUUCCCCGCGACCCUCUCCUCGACUGGCUUUCGCACAGCCAAUCCCUCACUCUCCGAAUCUGAACGCGUACGAGUUCUCCGAUCAAAGCCCUACGUCUGAAUUAUACGGUGAUUUUGGCAGCGAAAGUAACGUGGAUUGGUUGGUGGCAGAUGACGCUACAAGCGUUACCUCUUCUCUGGGAGGACUCAGUGCAUCGGCACCUGAAUUCAUACCAGACAUGAGUCCGCAUGAUAUCCUGAGGUCAGUUUUAGGAGAUCAAAAGACCAACGAAGAGAUCGAAGCCGCCUUAGAAACACAUAAUUAUGACCUCGGCGCAACCAUCGCUGCGCUUUCGCAAGACUCCAAGGAGGAUAGUCAAGGAUUGGAUGAACGCCGGGUUCUCAUUGGAAAGUCCAUGGUAAUGGAACAAGCACGACCGUCUACUCCGCCUAGCCAUACGCGCGCGCCUCCUUGCAAAUACUGGCUAUCCACCGGAUCGUGCCUGCGGGCAGAUUGUAGUUAUAGCCAUGAUCUAACGGGGCAUAUCUGCAAAUACUGGAUGAUGGGCAACUGUCUUGCUGGUGAUGGGUGCCCCUUUUCACAUGAUCCCACUGCCCUGAUAGGCGGUAUGAGUAUUACUGAUGGGCCCAAUCAACAAGCCGCAAGCCCUCAACCGACUUUUCAAUUGGAAAACACCCGUGAAGCUUUUCCCGCAUUGCAGUCAGGUGGAGGCAUUGCGGAACAAUGGCCAAAUUUGUACCCAAGGAGACACGGGAAUCACGUCCUGAUUACUGAUCCCAAUGGCAGCUCAUCACCCUUUGUAGGUGGACGGAGAAAUAACGGCAUAAGUUCCAGCCGUCCUCACUCCCGACCGACAAGCCGCCAUCAACAACGUGAUAUGAACCCAUCACCGUUGUCAGUUGACGACCCCGAAGCCUUCCCCACGCUUUCAGCAGUAUCAGCCAAAACCCCUGGCAAAAAACAUCACGGCAAAAGAGGCGGGCAUAACAACAACAAGGAAAUUGGCCCGAGCUCGCUAGCAGACGUGGUUCGCAUGUCGCCUUCACCUGGACCUGGCAAAGCAAAGUCAUCCAAGCCUGCUAAAGAAAGCGUGAAGGCACGAGAACUUAGUGCUGCAGCCUUAGCUAUUCCGGCACCCAAGAAUAUUCCCUGGCUCGAGACUGGUGCUAGGGCUAAUCAACAGUAUAUCAAAUACCGCACGGAUGCUAUCCGCCAUGGCACCGUGCGUAACAAAUUUCUGCAAAGUGCUGCACAAGCGUGGAAUCGAAACGACUCUAGAGCGGCGAAGGCUUUAUCACUCCGAGGCCAAGCAGAAAACGAGGCCAUGCGCAAAUGCCACAGGGAGGCUGCUCGAUACCUAUACGACGAACGUAACCAGCAUCUUGUGAACAAUGGUCUCCAAGACGAUCUUGAAGAAUUGUAUGUCGAUCUCCACGGUCUUCAUCCCGAAGAAGCAGUUGAUUACCUCGAGAAAAUACUUGUGAAGCAUUCGCAUGAAGACCGCACCUUAUACGCUAUUACCGGCACCGGACAUCACUCUAAGAAUGGAAAAGAUAAGGUUGGGAAGGCCGUCAAACUGUGGCUGAACGAGUGGAAAUAUGUGUUCCGCGAAUUUAGUGUUCCUGGGGAACGUGGAGGAUACGUGGGCGGAGUGCUUGGAAUUGACCCAACGAGUUAUGAUAGGACUUUACUCAGAAAAAAGGGCGCAAGUGCUAGCCAAGAUGAGGAAGGUACCCGUUCAGCUCCGACAGGAAAAAUCCAACUACUCAAACGUGAGGACAUUGCUGUGGAACAGUGA